AGUGGGACGGGGGCCACAGUGGCUUCCAUGGCAUGGAAGUGGAGGUUCGAGAAGAGGCUUCAGCGCCCCAAACGCCAAAAGGGGGCGCGAGAGGCACCCCCGUACCGCCACUAUUGGCUACGCGAGACCAACCUGCGCUCUUAGAUGGUCAAGUAGUCCAAGUCCGUGUCGAGGAAGUUCUGCUUGUGGUCCUUGUUCUACUAAUUUGGAUAGGAGCCAUUGCACUGUUCUUCAACCGCUGGGGAAAAAUUCGAAUGUUGGAGCCCUAUCAACCGAAAUUCCACCAGCAGCCGCACAGACCGUCAUGUCCACUGGCACCCCUUAGCCCCCCUAGCAUCAAUCAUCAAGUGAGCAACACGCUGCCGAAGGCUCAAAAACCGACAACACGCAUGUCGUUUUCCAAGUACAACGUAAACGCCUUAACUGAUCCACUUUCCGUUUUACCAUCACCGAUUAUUAGAAGACCUCGUCAGAAUUCCGUCUUUGUCGGUAGCUCCAUAUUUUUAAAUCCACCACCGCGAAGAGUGAAGUCGGCAACAGACAUCCAUAAUAUCGGUGUAUUUGAUCACAGCUCUACUACUUCACUUGCAGGAUCGGUUAUUCCAAUUAUCAGUCGAGAUCGUCGACCAUCUCUCAUACCAUAGAACGUCCUGAUCGACCAAUAUUCAUAUCACGACGUCGCCCAUCGAUAACCGUCGAAAGACCUCCAUAUCAAUGCCCUAAAGGUAGAAGAUCGUCAUGCUUUGUAGAAAGAACAUCUGCUAGACAUAGGAAUUUUAUUAGUUUUGAACAUCAAGAUCGUCGAACGCCUUCUACUUUCGUUGUUAACGAAAGAUCGUGCAGUUAUCAUCAGCCGACAAUAAGUUUUGAAACACCAAUGGAAUCACUGGAGUCUUCAGAACCUUCAAAGCCUUUUCGACCAACACGAGUCAACGCCAAACCGAAAAUAUCGCGAAGCUUCGAGCAACCAACUGCUAUCAAACUAAAACCCGAGAGAAUGGCAAAUAGUCUUGAUGUCAGUAGUUCGUUUAAUAUUGACCGGCGGUAUUCUAUUCCAGAAGAGGAUAGAGCAGCACCAGUUAUAAUACAACUAGAAGAACUAAAAUUAACAGCGCCUUUAUUAGAAAAUAUAAAAAGUUCAGAUGUGUAGUUUUUUUUGUUAUGUAAAUUGAUCAUCUUCAAUUAACAAUUUAAUUUUAUAUGUCCAUUUAUUGUAUUGAAACUAAACAUUUUCUUACUUGCAGCUUAAAAUAGAAAUAUCAAUAACUAGACCUGGGAGGCCUAACUUAAAAAAUGAUCUAAUAAUUAUAUUAAUAUUAAAGAUGUAAUCGUUAUUAAGCUUCUAACCUAACCUUCUGAUUAAAGGGUGGAAUAAUAUAUUUUGUUCUUUCUUAUAAUAGUUUUUAAAACUACUCAUAAAAUUAUAUUAAACUGUUUUUCAUAAUUGAAUGAUCACAUCAGCAUUAGAUAAUAUAAUAUCCAUGACCCUCCAUUAUUAUUUUAUUUGUAAAUAUAGGCAAGUCGAUGGGCCGCUAAAUUAGUAACAUACAAAAAGUAGAAUAAAUAACUGGAAGACUUUGGGAAAAAAAACAAUUCAAAAAAGAGACAAAAAAUUUAUUAGUAAUAACAGUAAUACAAGAAUCUCAUGAUUUGAGUAAAUAGGUGUCAUAUUUUACAAUGUACCGAUGUAUCCAUGGGUUCCAAAUAUGAGGGUAACCAGUAACCACUGGUCUGAUCAGCAGAGCGGCAAACUCACAGAAAACUUAUGUCCUUUUUUGAUUUAAAUUAUUUUAAUGACUUAAGUCAUUUGAUUUUAAGUCAUAUUUUAAAAACUGACUUAAGACUAAUUUUCAAAAUGGAUAAAUGAUGAUCAAAAUCACUGGCAUUCGCUAUCGUCAUGCGUCAUAGUAAAAUGUCAUGUCUAGUUUUAAAUAAAUUUUCAUAAACAAAGUAAAAUCAUAAUUUUUUACCUUGUUUACUUUAUUAAAAUCAGUAUAGAGUAUAAUAUAUUAUAUUCUUAGAAAGCCCAUAACAAGGCAAAUGAUUAAAAGAAAUAAUAUACAGGGUAUCCCAUUAAAAUAUUACAUAAGUUUGGGUCAUAUUUAAAGAAUCAAAAAUUUUUACAUCAAAAAUCUAAUCAUGCUACUCAAUUCUACAUGGAAAACUCUUCUAAGAUAUCCGAGGUACGAGGGGAGUCGAGAAUUGCAAUUUCAAAAUUGCCCUGUAUUUCAGGAACUAAAAAGACUAGUUACUUAGUUAUUUUAUAUUUCUGACGUCCCUAGCUAUACUUGUUAAGUUGUACCAUCUUUAGUU